AUGAUCAGACAGAGGAAGCUAAGUGACUUUCUUCUGGAGGUGACCAAGUAAGUCGUUUGCUGUCUCGACGUUGCAUUAUUCCAUCUCUCUCUCUCUAGGGUUCGUGUUGCAUUAUUCCAUCUCUCUUUCUAGGGCUCGUGUUGCAUUAUUCCAUCUCUCUUUCUAGGGAUCAUGUCUUCCAUCCACUUAAGAGUUGAGUAGCCAGUGGCCGUUCGUUGUCAACCACCUUCAAACUUUUUUUUAAAAAGUAUUCCCUACAUAAUUAUUUAUUUUUUUUGCAUCAAAGAAACCAAUCAAUUUAUAGUUUUUAUCUCCUGACUAUUUGCAUUAGGACCCCACAUGCCUUUUUUUCUUUCUUUUUUUUUUUGGCAGACGCCUGCUUUCUCAAUAUGAUAUAUCUCUCCCAUUACACACUCGUUAUUCUCUAUUCCUUAAUGUAACCAAGGAACCCACACACGACUGUGGGCAUAAGAGGAUGUUCUAUCAUGACUUGAAACUUUGUUGUAUGAGUCCUUAAUUUCGAAUAUAUUUUCAAUAAGGAAAAAAAAAAUUGUUUGGGGUAGGGGUUGGGGGGGGGAGGGGGAUUGUUGCUGGUGUAUCCUGUCUUGAUACAUACCCCCUCCACCCCAAAAUCCCCCCCCCCGCCACACAACCCACCACACAUAUUAUUUUUUUUUUUUUUUUUAAUUUAUUAAAUUUUUUUGCUACUGCAAGUGAAUGGUAGCCUGACACCAAAACAGUAUUAGGGAUCACUUUUAUAAAGAUAAAUAUAGCUUUUUAAUUUUUUUUUAAAAAUUGCAUCAACACUAUCAGUUGUUGGAAAAAAAAGAGACUUUUUUCAAUGUUAUCAACAAUAAAUGUCUUGUGUGCAUGCAGGAUGGGUCUGGGGGGGGACUAGCGGCCUUAAUCUUGUGUCCCUAUACACACGUCGUUAAUUCCCCAUAAGCUGCAACUGAUAAGUUUUGUGCAGACCCCCCCCCCUCUCCCCCACAAACCAGACAUAGCAACAUCGACGUCUUCAAUGCACCUAUCACAAUCCGUCGUGUUUUGCUUGCAUUAAACAUUGUUUGUUUUUUCUAAGCACCGCGGAAGUCAUCAAAACGACAAGCAUUUAGAGGCGUCGCAAGGUUUGACAUGCUACCAACCCCCACCCUAUUCAAAAUGUUACAUUUCACCAACUUUGUUUGUUUUUUGUUGUUGUUGUUUUUUUUGUUAAUUCUAUCCCCUUAUUUCCAGGACUGUUUUUUGGCAGCAUCGCCUUUAACUCCAUCUUAAUCAUCUUAUCAUCUUCUACAGGUCUGUGUUUCAGGACAUCGUCAGUAUGGAUGUUGUCAUCAUGAAGAUCAUGGUAGGUGAUGUGGCGUAAAGUGCUUCUUGAUGUCAUUGGGGGGGGGGGGGUUAUGGCUAUUGGGAAAAAGGGGGGGGGGGAAAACAAGGGGGGGGGGGGGAUAUCGCUAAUUGGAAAUAAGGAGGCGGGGAAAACUAAGGGGGGGAGAGGAAAGGGAAGGGGGGCAAAGUUAGCGUUUAAAACUCUGGGGAAAAUGUGUAUUCUUUAUUCAUGAUUUGUGUGGUGUGAUUAAAAUGUCAUUUUUAGCUCCCCUGUUUCUUAGCUCCCGUGGUACUCGAACAUCGUUAGAGAAGAAAUGUGAGCUUAACCGUCGAACAGAUUUAAAUCGGGAAAUAAUUAGGCCUUUCCUGUACGAGUUCGAAUAUUGUCUAGAAAAGAUCGUUUUUUUUGUUGUUGUUGUUGUUUUGGUUGUUGUUUUUUUUUUCUUUGUUUUUUUUGUGGGUUUUUUGGGGGGGGUGGGGGGUGGGGCUGUAAAAUAAUCCACGAGUCUUCCUUCUUCAGAGGUAGAUGAAUAUCCAUGAAUUUCAUUUACAAUAGAGAUGAGUUUCAGCAAAGUUCAUCCUAUUUGGCCCUGGGCCUUGUUCCCCUUGCCAUCCUCUGUUGUGGCGUUUCACCGACUGUUUCACCGAGUGUUUUUCUAAAACAUUCCUGUGAAUUAUUUAUUAGCCCUUAUAAGAACAUUUGACCAAAAAAAGCCUUGAAAUCCAGGUCACUACAGGUACUGUUUAUGCGUGCCGUAUGGUGAGUUAGCCAUCGUGCAAGCUGUAGAGCAAUGUGCCAGAGUAAUGUGCCGAAGUAACGUGCCGGAGUAACGUGGCAGAGUAAUGUCGGGUAGUUCACUGUAGUUCCCUACCGUUUGCUCAAAGUCUUUGCAAAGAUAUCACUAGCGCCCCAUUCCCAAGUUGCCGUUCACUAUUUUUUUCUGUGCAAUUCGUGUCUCAUUGUGCUCACCUGCAAUCUGGCUUUUAACAAAAAUGCAAGCUCCUUAUGUGUCUUCAUUUACCUGCUGUGUCUUUGCACGGUUUUGAUGUUGUGGUUAAACCCGGCUUUUGUUGUUGUAUUUUUGCAGGUGGCUCGGAUGUGGUAGUUGGGGGGGGGUGGGGUUGGGUUGUGGGGGGGGGGGGGAAUAAGGUGUUGUUUAUGUGGACUGUUUGUAAAAUUCGUUUCGAGUGAACUUUUGCAACCCAAAUGCGCAUUAUUUGUAUUGGAUGUUUUGGGGCUUUCUAUUGAACCCCAUGAAGCACCCUAUUAAUCGUGCUUGUCAUUAAUUUCAACAAACUCGCUAUUAAAUAAGCACUCCGGGUGGAUAGGACUCGGUAGCCUGGGACGGCAACUCAUCCCAGAGAAUACAAACUCUGAAUUCAAACCAGGAGCCAGGAAUGUUCAAUAAACUGAUUGCGGGCCCUCAAAGAUAGAAAAAUGGGAUCUAAUAUAUAUAUAUAUAUAUAUAUAUAUUAAUAUAUAUAUUAAUAUAUAUAUAUACACAUAUAUAUAUACAUAUAUAUAUAUACAUAUAUAUAUAUAUAUAUAUAUAAUUAACACUCGUUAAGCUAGCUCUUGAACGUGAAGUUGUAGUUUAAUAUUAUCUAAAACACGGUAGAACAUAAUCAUAAUAUACUGACCUCUGACCUAUAUCCAUAUUAUCGUGAGUGUUUAGUUUGUUUUUUUUUUUGCUCUAAGAGUUCUUAAAUUUAUAUUUUAUGUUCGUGUGUACACAGCUUGUACACAGCUUGUACUUUAAAGAUCCGAAUUAGUUUGCAGGUUAUUUUUUUUUUUUUUAAACUAAACAUCUGUUCAAAAAUUAAUUGUUGCUCUCACAAAAUAUUUACUUUCUAAUACUAUUUAAAGUUUAAAAACACCAUUCCUAGAAUUGCAUAUGUUUCUUUCUUUCUUAGAAAUAACACUCCAGUAUCUAAUUAAUUUACAAUCUUUUUAUUUUUUUUAAAAAGUAUUGGCAGAAUCAUUAAAUUAACACCCACGCGGUUUUCAUGUCUUUUAAGUAGCACUAGAAACAGGAUGGCAUGAUUAAACGCAAAGACAUCUUAAACAGUUUUCGGCAUCUUGUCCAGUUCAGCGGUUACCGGAAAUUUGAUCGAAAGAAAUUUCGUCGACAGUAAAUUGAUCGACGGAAAUUUGAUCGAACGGAAAUUUGGUCGAAUCUUUUCUUUUUUUUUUUCAUUUCAUUUCCUAUUGAAUGCACUAUACUAUGUAGUAAAACAAAAUAAUGCGUUCAAAAAGCAAUUUAAAGCAAAAUUUUCAAGUAGAAACUGAGGAAAAAAAAAGAAAGAUUAGACCAAAUUUCCGUUCGAUCAAAUUAACGUCGAUAAAUUUACCGUCGACGAAAUUUCUUUCGAUCAAAUUUCCGCAUACGCAGUUCAGCUUCUGGCGAAUACAUUUUAACACAACCUCCAACCUUGGGCAACUUGUAACAUUCAGUUCAUAGGAAGAAAUCAAACGACCAGCGGCCAUCUUAAAAGCUUAAAGUUUAAAGUUUGAAAUGCUUUUAUUUAGGGAUACAGAAUAUUAGCAUCCAACAAAACAUUUUUUAACAAAAAUAAUGAUUAUUUUUUUUUUUAAAGACAGCAUAAUGUCCUAAAAGAGACUCCACGAUCCCCCCUCCAAAGGUAUAUCAAUCAGGAAACACGAUUUAAUGAUAGGAGACUGACUAAAAUGUCUUCAAUACCUAUACCUAUAAUGAAACUAUACAAUGCAAAAAUACUAGUCAUUAUAAUAAUUUGUGCAUGUUAGAUUAUUUUAACUCUUUUUAGUUGUUUUAAUGUGUGUGGAACUUAAUGAUUAGAUUCAUUUGGAACUCAAAGAUUAGGUGCACUUGGAACUCAAAGAUUAGGUGCACUUGGAACUCAAAGAUUAGGUGCACUUGGAACUCAAAGAUUAGGUGCACUUGGAACUCAAAGAUUAGGUGCACUUGGAACUCAACGCCACAAAAUAAUUUCUAGCAACAGAAACGUUUCCAAUCCAUUUUUAUUUUUGUUCGUAUCCGGAAAUUUGAUCGAAAGAAAUUUCGUUGACGGAAAAUUGAUAGACGGAAAUUUGAUCAAACGGAAAUGUGGUCCAAUCCUUUUUUUUUCAGUUUACACAUUAAAAUUUUGCUUCAAAUUUCUUUUUGAACGCAUUAUUUUGUUUUACUAUAUAGUAUAGUGCGUCCAAAAAUAAAUUUGACGAAAAUUUUAAAGUGUGAACUGAAAAAAAAUAUGCGACCAAGUUUCCGAUCGAUCAAAUUUCCGUCGAUCAAUUUUCCGUCGACGAAAUUUCUUUCGAUCAAAUUUCCAGUAACCUUUUUUUUUUUUUUUCUAUUUUAAAUCCUUGAUCCCUGUUCCGAAAUCCCACCUCACCUUACCACUGACCCUCUUCUAUGUGUAGAACUUUGCCCAACGUCUGGUCAACGCGGACAGGGCCUCCCUGUUUUUGGUCGACUAUUACAAGCGUGAGCUCUACGCUCGGAUCUUCGACGUCGGCCACACGGGUAGUAGUACAAAGGACUUGUACGCAGAGACUCGCAAGCCCCACGAAGAGAUCAGGUUAAAUCAUCGCUACGUUUUUCUUUUAAUAUUUGGAAUUUCCAAUUAUUUUGUUUCCCCUCUUUUCUUUCAGCUUUUGGGAUCUUAGCUUUUUUUUUUUUUUGGCUUCAGCUCUAACUUUUUUGUUUUGAAACCAGCAUUUCAUUCUCGCUUUAUUGUAUUGGAUCGAUGCUUUUCUUUGCUUCGCUUUCAUGCAUUAUUUUUUUUUAAUGUUUGGCAUUUCCAAUUAUUUUUUUUCCCCUCUUUUCUUUCGGCUUUUGGGAUCUUAGCUUUUUUUUUUUUUUUGGCUUCAGCUCUAACUUUUUUGUUUUGAAACCAGCAUUCCAUUCUCGCUUUAUUGUAUUGGAGCGAUGCUUCUCUUUGCUUCGCUUGCAUGCAUUUUGCAAACUCCUGCGCCGCGCUUCAUUUCAAUCAUGGCUUGACAUUUGUGGCUACUUUUAUUAUACGUCUAGCUGGCUCCUCUGUGUACACUCCCACCUAACCUCCUCUGUGUACAUGCACUCCCACCCACCUCUUCUGUGUACACCCCAUAUACCUCCUCUGUGUACAUGCACUCCCACCCGCCUCCUCUGUGUACACUCCAACCUAACCUCCUCUGUGUGCACUCCCACCAAUCUCCUCUGUGUACGCUCCCACCUAACCUCUGUGUGCACUCCCACCUAACCUCCUCUGUGUGCACUCCAGCCUAACCUCCUCUGUGUGCACUCCCACCUAACCUCCUCUGUGUACACUCCCACCUACCUCCUCUGUACACACUCCCACCCACCUCCUCUGUGUACACUCCAGCCUAACCUCCUCUGUGUACACUCCCACCUACCUCCUCUGUGUACACUCCCACCUACCUCCUCCGUGUAUUCUCCCCAUUUAACCGUUUAUUUGAUGAAGAACAAUAAGUUACAAUAUAGUUUUAUAUAUCUUAUAUGUCUGUAUUUCGCCAGCUGUUAUACGUUCGUGCACACGCCCUGGAAUCAUGUCCUUUGUUGUUCUCAUUACGUUCAAUGUUUCCACUUUGUUAUGAGUUCACAUUUGUAGCCAAUGAACACGUUCUUAACACGUGCAAUCUGAAGUUGGCUUACCUUGGGGCUUUUUUUGAAAGACUCUUAGAGAUUAUCGAGUGUUGUUGUUUUGUUCCCCCCCCCCCCCCCAAGAAAAAAAAAAAAAACACCACCAAAAACAAACAAACCAGCUGAUGACUGAGUAUGAGGAAUAUAGCGGCUUUAAACAGAUGAGUGUUGCAAUUUUUUGUUAGUGACCCCCUUAAUGAUUGCCUGGCAUUGGAUGGUACCUGGAGAUGUAUCUAUAUCCCUGCUUUGUUUUUCUUUUCGGAAAUCUAUUGAAUUGGUGGGGGGGGGGGAGUUGUAUGAUGCUUAUUUCCGUACCUACGUGUUGUGGACCCCCAUCCCCACCCCCGUCAUUGAGUUGUUUCCCUUACCAAUGCUUUGUUGCCGCUGCUAAUGAGUUGUUUACUUUGCUGUUGUGUUGUUUCUCGGGUGAAAUUGUUUGUUUCCCCUGCGCUGCUCGGAUCUCUCUAAUCUAUUUUGAACAAGGGAACAAUUUUGAACCGCGUUUUCUGCAUUAAGCGAGUACUCAUCUAACUGCAUUAAGCGAGUACUAAGCUUUCUGCAUUAAGCGAGUACUCAGCUAUCUGCAUUAAGCGAGUACUCCAUCAUCUGCAUUACGCAGGUACUCAGCUAUCCGCAUUAUGCAGGUACUCAGCUAACUGCAUCAAGCGAGUACUCAGCUAUCUGCAUUAUGCAGGUACUCAGCUCUCUGCAUUAGGCAGGUACUCAACUGUCUGCAUUAUGCAGGUACUCAGCUAUCUGCAUUAUACAGGUACUCAACUGUCUGCAUUAUACAGGUACUCAGCUAUCUGCUUUAUACAGGUACUCAGCUAUCCGCAUUAUGCAGGUACUCAGCUAUCUGCAUUAUGCAGGUACUCAGCUCUCUGCAUUAUGCAGGUACUCAACUGUCUGCAUUAUACAGGUACUCAGCUAUCUCCAUUAUGCAGGUACUCAGCUCUCUGCAUUAUGCAGGUACUCAACUGUCUGCAUUAUGCAGGUACUCAGCUAUCUGCAUUAUACAGGUACUCAACUGUCUGCAUUAUACAGGUACUCAGCUAUCUGCUUUAUACAGGUACUCAACUGUCUCCAUUAUACAGGUACUCAGCUAUCUGCAUUAUACAGGUAUUCAACUGUCUGCAUUAUACAGGUACUCGGCUACGUGGUUGAUCUUAGCGUUUCCUUUCUUUAAAAAACAACACACACACACAAAAAAUAACAAAAAAAAACCAACUAACUACAAACGAACAAUAUAAUUUUUUAUGGAACUGCAAACAUCUUGUUAUCGCUUAGCUUUGCUUUAAUCCAUGUAUACUGUUCUCUGUUUAUUUCCAUGAUUUUGUGUUUGAAAAACAAUUGUAUCAAGCGUCAAGAAUAUCCUACGUAUCAAAUGUAUCGCCUCGUCUUGAGGCUACAGUGUGCUUUUCUCUGUCCAAGUCAGGUACACACUUACGUCAUCGCCCAUGUGUCCGUUUUAAAAUAACCAACUUUUUAAAAAAAAUGAUUAAAAUUGGAUAAUGGCACUUCAGUGGCGUAGCUAGGGGAGGGGGAGGGGGAUCCAAAAUCGAAAGUCCCCCCGGGCCCCUACUUCAGGGGGGGGGGGCCCAAAGGAGUUUCCGAAUUUUUUUUUACAUUAAAUAAUGUCGAAUGUCAAAAUGCAGGGGCCCCCAAAGAGGCAAAGGCCCCCGGGCCCCCAAAUCCCUAGCUACGCCACUGUGGUACUUGGUUUAUUUUUAGACAUUUCGCGCACAUCUCAAUCACGGACGGCCAUUCACACAAGAAGAGCUGUUCCUUAGCUUCAUUUUUGUUAUGGGUUCAUGUUGAUAGUCUUGUCAAGCAAAUCAAGCUUAUAGUCGACAUUUUCUUAGGUGCGCAUAGUUAUAAAAUGUCGCAUUCACCCCCCCCCCUUUUUUUUUCUCUCCAUUUUUAAAGAACAGAUGCUCGGGAAACAUAUAGACCCCCCCCCCAAUGCCGACACAAACUAAAGACGCAUGCCUUCUUCACACCCCCAACCCCUUAGGCGAAACUUAAAACCCACAAGAGUUCUAAACUUUAAGGAAGCCACACUCACCUUGUUGGCGUCGCCAUUUUUUUGUUUGUUUACACAUUGGGUUGUAAAAUCAAGAGUAAUUAACACAGGUGCGCGAUUGUCCUACGUUACUUAGCCAGUGCGCUGGAUGAGAUCUGGAAGACACACCUUGUCGGCUACAAGGGAGUCAGAAAGUUUUUUUUUUUUUUUUUUGUAAUCAUUUUAACUAGACGUGAUCACGUGGUGCGAACAAAGUCACCGAACGGGACGAGUUUACGCAUCUCCGGCUUUCGAUCCGAUUGUGAACGCGGAGGAUACAAUUUUUAUCCCCCCCCCCCUCCUCCCCCACUCCCCGGAUCCAUGCUUCUCAAAUCCGUUGAUCGAGGUAUUCCUCCUAAGCGGUCAUGUCUGCACAAUGAAAUAUUAUCAUGGAAAUAUGUCCUAGAACGGUGUCAUGCGAAAAGGUGUCGAGGAAAGGUGUCAUUAAAUCAAAGGUGUUAUGUCUCCCUCCCCCGACUAGUGUUUAAUGACACGAUUCUCAGAAUAAUUGUUUAUGCUGAAUGCCCAAUUGUCUACCCUGAAUGCCCGAUUGUCUACCCUGAAUGCCUGAUUGUCUGCCCUGAAUGCCCGAUUGUCUACCCUGAAUGCCUGAUUGUCUACCCUGAAUGCCCGAUUGUCUACCCUGAAUUCCUGAUUGUCUACCCUGAAUGCCUGAUUGUCUGCCCUGAAUUCCUGAUUGUCUACCCUGAAUGCCUGAUUGUCUACCCUGAAUGCCUGAUUGUCUACCCUGAAUUCCUGAUUGUCUACUCUGAAUGCCUGAUUGUCUACUCUGAAUGCCCGAUUGUCUACCCUGAAUUCCUGAUUGUCUACUCUGAAUGCCUGAUUGUCUGCCCUGAAUUCCUGAUUGUCUACUUUGAAUGCCUGAUUGUCUACCCUGAAUGCCCGAUUGUCUACCCUGAAUGUCUGAUUGUCUGCUCUGAAUGCCUGAUUGUCUACCCUGAAUGCCCGAUUGUCUACCCUGAAUUCCUGAUUGUCCACCCUGAAUUCCUGAUUGUCUACUCUGAUACAGGUGUGUAGAUCAAACGCUCUUUGGAAACUUUAGACUUUUGUUAUAUGAAGGUGACCUCGUUUGAAAAAAAAGAGGGGGGGGGGGCUAUUGACUGCCAAAAUACUACGCUGACUUCCCAAUUUCUUUGAUAUAGUCGAUAUAAUUGGGGGGGGGGGCUUGAUUCGGGCCAAGGGUUAAAAUAACGUGUUUCUUUUCAAUAAUUUCAAGCCAAUAUAAAAUAGCUGACAAUAUCAUUCCGCAAUUAUAGUGUCCAAAGGGGCUAUUGACUGCCAAAAUACUACGCUGACUUCCCAAUUUCUUUGAUAUAGUCGAUAUAAUUGGGGGGGGGGCUUGAUUCGGGACAAGGGUUAAAAUAACGUGUUGCUUUUCAAUAAGUUCAAGCCAAUAUAAAUUAGCUGACAAUAUCAUUCCGCAAUUAUAGUGUCCAAUGAUUUACUUUUGGUAAGGAGUUUGCUGAUCGAACACGUCUACCACGUCAUCAUGAUAAGAAUUUCUUGAAUGAAUUUUGUUUUCCUUUUUAAAGAACAGAUGCUCUUGGGAACAUGGACACCCCCCCCCCAGACACCAACUUAAGACGCACGCCUCCCUCACACUACCGACCCCUUAGGCCAAAAUUAAAGACUAUUAAAAAGCAAUAAUUUAUUGCAAGUGCAAGUCUUAUUUUGAACCCACCCAUUAUUUACACCUGCAUGCCUACAUAAAAAUAUAUAUUGCUCUUCACCAUUAAUCUUUUCAUAUUUGCUGCCAGAGAAAAGAUGUCUGUUUUUAUUUUGUCAUAGCAUCAUCUAUACAGCGGUGAGCUUUUGCGUCGACCGAUUUAGACACAGUGCAUCUAUUUCAAUUGGUCUACUUUUUUGUCUGUAUUUCCUAGCCUUUUAAAAAUAAAAAAAUUAAUAUUUUUUUUUUUAAAUAAAUAAUGUCCUGCAGUAAAAAAAAAAAAAAAAACAAAACGUUGGGGCGUCUGAAUGGAACUGACAGGGACGAGAUCUUGGUUCAGUAAUGUCAACGGAUUUUUAAGCCCUCAAAACAACCCCCCUUGUGUCUUUGCUGUGUAGAGCUUCGCCAAGGCCCUCGUGCACGCGGACCGCACAUCCCUGUUUCUGCUGGACACCCGGUCCAACGAACUCUACGCCCGGAUAUUCGACGACGGUUACUCCCUGGACGAGUUC